UAAAACCUGGCCACCACGAAAAAAAAAAACUAAACAAAUUCACAACAGAGAGAAAAUUGUAAAUUUUAUUAAGUUUUUCGCUUACAAAGUCAAUAAAAGACAAUACCAAGAAGAUGGGGCGACGCUCCAUUAAUACCACAAAAAGUGGUAAAUACAUGAAUCCCACGGAUCAAGCAAGAAAGGAGGCCCGCAAGAAGGAGCUGAAAAAGAACAAGAAACAAAGGCAAAUGGUAAGGGCGGCCGUGCUCAAGAAUAAAGACCCUAGUCAAAUUUUGGAGGAAAUGGAGAAAAUCGAUGAAAUGGAAUACAAUGUGCUCCAGCCAUCACCCCUGAACGAGAAGGUCUUGCGGGACAAACGGAAAAAGUUGAAGGAAACAUUUGAACGUGUCAUGCGGCUUUAUUACAACGAUGAUCCGGAACACUGGUCAGAGUUGAAACGCAAAGAGGUUGAAUAUGAAAAGAAACGUUUAAAAAAGCAACAAUACUACGAAAGUGUCAAACAUGCUCAAAGUGUACAAAUCGAUGAAAUUCCUCUGCCCUCUAGCACCCAAACACCGGCAAGUGGUGGGGCUGCUACCGCCGCUUUCCCAUCAGGUCCCAAACGGUUACCACCUCCACCCACGGCCUUGUCUUUGCCGCCAUUUGCACCGGGUGCCCCUCCCGGUACCCUAAAGAAACUCAAUGAACCAAGUGCAAAGCCAGCCGAAAAGCCGGAAGAGAUAAAACGCAAAGAAGUUUUAGGUGUUCCCAUUGGUCCCCCACCCACGCUGGCUGAUAUGUCCGAUUUGGAUACAGAUGCUGAAGACGAUGAGGUGGUUCUGAAAAAAUAUGUCUCCAAAUCUAAGUCAUCCAAGACGGUGCCCAAACCCAAUUCCCUGCAACAACGUAUGCUGGCUAUAUCAGGUCAAAAUAUUGACGAUUUCAUGAAGGAAAUGGAAAAUGUUCACAAGAAAAAAGUGGCUGCCAGUAGGGGUGAGAAAGAAACCGCCAAAGAGGUUGGCAAAAAAGAUGAUCAUAACGACAACGAUGAUGAUGAUGAUGCUGACGACGAUGAUGAUGAGGAGAACAAAAGUGAUUUAUCUGAGUGUAGUUUUAGUGACGAAGAAGCCAAUGAUGAUGACAACGAUGGCGAAGAUGCAGCCAAACGGAGGCGGACACAUUCAUCUGGCGAUAUUGAUACGGCUGCAAUACCCACACCUGCUCAAAUUCCUCCUGUGGCCAUAGCUUUACCGAAUAUACCAGCCCCUCCACAACCACACAUAUCACUGCAUGGUCAUCCAGUACCUCCACCGCUGGCCGGCAUGGCUCCACCACCGCCUAUGAUGUUUAGACCGCCACCCAGGCCACCAGGUAUGCAUGGUUUUGGUAUUCGCAUGCCGCCAGGACCACCACCAGGACCCCGGCCACCAGGUAUGGGUGGUAUGCCACGCAUGGGAAUACGUAUACCAGGUCCACCACCCGGAAUGCCGCCGCGUAUGGCCCAUCACAAAAUGCAACAGCAACAACAACAGCAGCAGAAACAGGACAGUAAGGGUGUGACGACCAUUACGGCCAAACCGCAAAUUAGAAAUUUAAGUGCCGAUGUGACACGUUUUGUUCCCUCCACGUUGCGUGUUAAACGUGAUGACGCCCGUAAACCCAAUCGUACAAAACCUUUCACUCAAGAACCUUCAACACGGCCGACCGAAACAAAUAAUGCCGCCUCAAAGGAUGAUGCUUAUAUUCAGUUUAUGAAUGAAAUGCAAGGAUUACUGUAAUUUUUGAAAAUAGAGAGAAUAUCCAUAGAGAUAAAACAAAGAAACACACACAUAAAAGAGUUAUGGCUAAUAAAACCAAAACAUUUUUAAUAAAAUCUAAAGAAAUGUCAA